CCUCACACUCUCUCAUAACACCAACAUCACAUCCUCUUCCUCUCUCUUUCUAGGGUUACUUUCUCUUACACUUUGAGAAAUGGCUAAAACCCUUGCAAUGUUGCUACUCUUACUCCAACUCAUCUCUUUCACUACAUUUGCAGAAGAGCUUGAAACUCUUACCCCAACUUACCCUCCUCACACAACACCAGCUCCACUUCACCCACCGGCUAACGCCCCUCACCACCAUCACCACCACCACAUUCACUCACCAACCCCUGCUCCUACUCCUACUCCUUCUCCUUCUCCUAUUCACACCCCUCUACACCCUCCUUACCAUUCUGCUCCUGUACCUGCUAAACCACCAACUCACGGCCACCACCACCAUCAUCCUCACCCUCCUGCUCCUACACCUGUCCACACACCUGUUGCUCCAGCACAUCCACCACUACACCCACCCGUUCACACCCCUGUUGUUCCAACUCACCCUCCAUUACACCCACCUGCUCCAGCACACCCACCAUUGCAUCCUACUCCCCUCCCUAGAAGCUUUAUAGCUGUUCAAGGUGUUGUUUAUGUCAAAUCUUGCAAGUAUGCUGGUGUUGAUACUCUCUUGGGAGCUACUCAAAUUCUUGGAGCCGUUGUGAAGCUUCAAUGCAACAACACAAAGUACAAGCUGGUCCAAAAAGUCCAGACUACUGAUAAGAACGGUUAUUUUUUCAUUGAAGGACCGAAGAACAUUACAAGCUAUGCAGCUCACAAGUGCAACAUUGUUUUAAUUAGUGCACCAAAUGGACUAAAACCGUCGAACCUUCACGGUGGUCUUACUGGUGCUGGUCUUAGGCCCGAGAAGCCGUUUGUGGCUAAGGGUCUUCCCUUCAUUCUCUACACUGUUGGACCUCUUGCAUUUGAGCCAAAAUGUCCUCGUUAGACUAUUAGAGUUUUAAAAUUUCGAGUUUAUAUAGAUUGCUGUUUUUUAGUGUUAAGAGAUUGGUUUCUACUUUCGUGUUAAAUUAUGGUGUUUGGAGCUUGAAUUAUCAACGCAUAAUAAAGAGUGACAUUUAUGUGUGUGAUUGAUGUUCUUGUAAGAAUUCAGUAUUAAAAAAAAAUCUUUUGUUUAUCUAA